CCACGAGUACAAAUGAAGUUCUCACUCAGUGUGCAGUUCUGCGAGAGCGCAAUUUUGAUUAUAAUUUGUGUACUGAGCGGCUUUUCGAAGGCCGAACAACCAUACACCGUGAAGAAUGAGCGAUUAGAGCCUUUCAAGGGUUUAAAGGAAACAGCCUUUGAUUUGAGCGAUUUGAAAAUUGUUGGACGUCAACGUUACAUCAACGGUAGUGUGACACUCGCUGAAGACAUGUCUAGUGAGCAUUAUAAAUUUCAGAUAGAAAUUUUCUCCUCACCACAAGGCGAUGGUCAAUAUAAGCAAUUGCCAAUGGGCGUGCCACGUACGCCUGUUUGUGAGGGCGUCAAAGAAUUGUAUACGAAGUUGUUGGAACCGUCUUUGGUUGAGGGUAAAAACACCGACUUUCCGCAUGUGCCCGAAGACGGUUUGUGUCCGCUACCGAAGGGUCAAUAUUUUGUGAAGGAUUUGGAUAUGAAAACAGACACUUGGCCAAAUCAAAUACCACGUGGCCUGUUGAAAGCGAAAUUGACAUUUUUCAAGGAUGAAGUCGAUGUUGGAGGCAGUUAUGUGAUAAUAAGAGUCGAAGACCGGCAGUGAGAAACGAGCGAUUUGGAAAAUCUUUUAAGCAAAAAUUUUGUAGUGCUUUGGUUAAUUGCUAUAAUUCUUAAUAAAAAAUAUUCA